GCUGUGUCGGCUUCAAAAGAGCGCCAUGGGCUCUCGUUGGCUGGGCUCAAGAAGGCUCUUGUCGCCGGUGGCUACGAUGUGGAGAAGAAUAACGCUCGCGUGAAACUGUCCGUAAAAAGUCUUGUGAGUAAAGGCUCUCUCGUGCAGACAAAAGUCAGAAGCCAAGGUGAAAUCCGCCAAGAAAAAGGCGACACCGAAAAAGAAGCCAGCGGCGAAAAGCCCGCUGCCGCCAAGAAAGUGAAGAAACCGGCAGCGAAGAAACCCGUGGCAGCUAAGAAAACUGCUAAGAAGCCUGCAGCAGCAAAGAAAGCCACCAAGAGUCCUAAGAAAGCGAAGCCGGCUGCAAAGCCCAAAAAGGCUGUUAAGAGCCCGAAGAAGGCCAAAGCAGCAAAGCCUAAGGUGGCCAAAGCGAAGACUGUAAAGAAGGCAGCACCGAAAAAGAAGUGA